GAAAGAUGUCAAUGUCAUACAAUUGAUUACUACGAAAUACUAUGGCUGGUUUGAAUUGAGUUAUAUUAAAGGAAGUGUAGUAUAAGCGAUAAUUUGUGAAUAAUCUUGUAAAAUGUCCGAAGUCGAAGAACCGUCGGCUAAGAUUGCGAAGAUAGAGGUAUCAGCAAAGGACCAAGAUGAAGAGCUGGAUGAAGGUCAAGAAGAGUGGUUGAGCGAAGGAAUCCUCACCGAUGACGAUUAUAAUCCAAGUACGGACGUAGAUCACAAUGCGUCUAAUUUCAACUCCAGUCAGGAGAACACUAUGACUAUGAGUAUGGAAGUCGAGGGCAUCAAUCAGACGGAGUCAAUAGAACAGGCUCUCAACAACUUCGAGAAUUCACAUGAGACCGAACUGCCGGGUGAUCUCAGUACAUUCCUCAUCAGGAAAACGGACACCAAGACUACUUCAAGAGCUGCCGACGGACAUGACAAUGAAAUCGAAGAGUCGAGACCUGAGUUUGACGAUGGAAAUGACACCGAUGAACUGCUUAGGAUGCUCGGUGAGGAUAACCAGGCCAAGAAAAAGUUGAACAAGACACACACCAGAACCGAUGACAGGAACCAGGGAUCGAGUGAUGAAGACGAAUAUAUAUUUGAUGGUGCAAAAAUAUCCCGCCUGAAGGUAGCCAGGAAUGCCAUCAUGAAGAAGUUACCGACCAAGGCUGUUCCCGAGGAGAGUGACAGAGACAGUGACCUGUCAUCAGAUGAGCGUCUGAUUGUUAAGAGGAUGUUCGGAGUGACCAGGAAGAGCAACAAUGUGGCUUCCAAGAGCACGGCCAAGUCCAGUGUCAGUGCCAUGAGAGACGGCAGGAAUGUUAAGGAUACAGCGACCAAGCCGAGGAUGCAGCGGGAAGAAACGAAACCGGCCGAGAAAAAUGUUCCAGAGAUCAUUGAUGAAGAGGAAUAUUUGGAUGAAGAGCAGUUUGACUUGGAUGAAGGUCUGGAGUCAGAUGCCCAGCGCAUCAUGAGGCCGGAGAGGAUGGACGAAGAGGUUCCCACUGACGGGGACUCCGAGCCUGAUGACGAGAGCCUAUAUGAUGAGCUGCCCUCGUCCGACUCCGAAGACAUCAUGGACUGGUUCACACUGGACCUGCGAGCUGAGCGCGCCGGGGACUACAUACCACUGCUCGGUCCGUCAGCGAGGAGGUUGUUGUCGACGGAGCGAGCUCGUGCCGCAGCCAGACUGAGUGCUCUGAAGCAGAGCGCUGCGGCGCUGAAUGAGAGCAGCGCUGGACAGGCGGCGGCUUUGAGACGAGCGGCCAAACAGCUGCAAGAGCUUGACGCGGCGCUCAGGGCGUAACGAGAAUAUGCCACAGAUAAAAAUGUAUCAUAGCUGACACUGGCUGAAUGACUGUAAACCUUCGCCUCGGUUGUAUGUAAAUUAAGAAUGUUAAUUACUGAAACUAACAGCUGUGAGUGUCAAGGAAUCUGUUAAAGUGUGUUACUGCGUGUGGCUCACUUGCUCUGAGCAGUAUACUGGAUAAGUAAGUCCUAAUCGCAGUAUUUACAAAGACAAGAAGACAGAAGCGGACAAUGUCUUUGAACUAUCAAAACUAUUACAUAAUAAAACAUGCUUCAAAGUAAUAUCUGCGCGCUUUUCAAUGACGUCACUAGAGCAAUCUGUUCGGCAAACUUCGGCUAUCCUCGGCUAUCUUCGGGGUGAACUACCCUCGGCUCGUUUUAAAUUUUCAUUAAUAGAAGACAUAUCUUUAAUGUUUUUGAGAAAUAUAUUAAUGUAUGUC